AGCCUAUAAAUGUGCAUCAUCAUCACCACAAAGGCACAAACCCAUUUCUAGUAUUCGUUCCUCGAUCAUAAGAGAAUUGGAAGCCCAGAGAAAUUAAAUUAAUUAAAGAUCGAUCUCUGCUUCCUUAAUUUGGCUUGAAGGACAUAGCAUAGCAAUAGCAAAAAAAUGGUAUCAAUGAAGCUGCAGAAGCGGCUAGCCGCUAGCAUUCUCAAGUGUGGCAAAGGGAAGGUGUGGCUUGAUCCCAAUGAAGCCUCCGAUAUCUCCAUGGCCAACUCUAGGCAGAACAUAAGGAAACUGGUGAAAGAUGGUAUCAUCACCAAGAAGCCAGCAAAGAUCCAUUCAAGAUCAAGGGCCAAGACUUUGAAGGAGGCAAAGAGGAAAGGGAGGCAUUCAGGGAAUGGGAAGCGCAAGGGGACACAGGAGGCUAGGCAACCAACAGAGCUACUGUGGAUGAGGAGGAUGAGGGUGUUAAGGCGACUACUCCAAAAAUACCGGGAUUUCGACAAGAUUGACAGGCACAUGUACCACUACUUGUACAUGAAGGUGAAGGGAAAUGCAUUCAAGAACAAGCGAGUGCUGAUGGAGAGUGUUCACAAGUCCAAGGCUGAGAAAGCAAGAAAGAAGAUAGUAUUUGAUCAGUUUGAGAACAAGAAAGCCAAAAGCCUAGCUAUCAGGGAGAGGGAGAGUAGAAAGGAGAGAGAUGUGGUUGGCCAACUUAAGGCAAAUUACAUACAAGACUUGCCUAUGCUACUCUCUAUUCCUUAAAACUUGUUUGCACCAUAUAACUUCACCCUGCUGGUGGGAGUAAUUGAAAAAUCAAAACAAACAAAUGAAUCAAGUGGUUGAUGACAAGUCCAUUAGUAUUCCAGGAUUUGAUUAGUUUUCUUUCAAAAUGAUAUAUGUAUUGUUUGUGAUAAUGUUCAGUUUGUAUGUGUUGGUUUUGGUUUGUUCUUUGUAAAAUUGAUGCAGUGUUCGAGAUCAAUUUGUCUUUGUAAUAGGUUUUGUAUUAGAUUUUAUCAAUCUGAAAUGUUUGUUUUUGAUAA